AUGAUCCCCCGAAUUCUGCCUCGCGCGCCGCUGGCCUGCCCGCGAUGCAGCGUCGCGAAGGCGCAUAGCCUCCCGCCGUGGCUCCCGCAAAGGCCGAUUGCUUCUCUCCAACUCCAACGACCCCUCCGGACUUCGGCGGUGUCUCGCCGCGAGCAGACGCCGUCGCCUAUUCCCGAAUCGCUGAAACCUCCCCCGACGAGCUCGAAAACAUCUCCUGCCGAGACGACUAUAGCUGCUGCUGCCGCUGCUGCUGCUACUGCUAAAGAUGCCGCCAAGGGCGCUGCCAAGGGACCCAAGCCCAACAGUGAUCCUCUUGUGAGCGUGGACAAGUCCGCAACGGAGCAGCGCAAGGCCGACUGGGCCAUUAUGAAGGAAAUGUCGCGAUAUCUGUGGCCCAAGGGCGAUGUGGGCACAAAGGUUCGCGUGGGACUUGCCGUCGCUCUUCUGAUCGGCGCAAAGGUCCUCAACGUACAGGUGCCCUUUUAUUUCAAGAGCAUUGUUGAUUCGAUGAACAUUGAUAUUGCCGCUGUCGGCGGCACUGCGACGACGGUAGCGGGUGCCAUGAUUAUCGCAUACGGAGCUACGAGGAUAGGUGCUACAUUGUUUCAGGAAUUGCGAAAUGCCGUCUUUGCUUCGGUUGCGCAAAAGGCGAUCCGCGGCGUGGCUCGGAAUGUCUUCAACCAUCUCUUACGACUUGACUUGAGCUUCCACCUUUCCAAGCAGACAGGCGGGUUGACGCGAGCCAUGGAUCGUGGUACGAAGGGCAUCAGCUUUCUCCUGACGAGCAUGGUCUUCCAUAUUCUCCCGACGGCAUUGGAAAUUAGCAUGGUCUGCGGCAUCCUUACAUGGCAGUAUGGAGUCAAGUUCGCAGCGGUUACGGCGCUGACCAUGGUUGGAUACACGGCUUUUACAAUCUGGACGACGGCCUGGAGGACAAAGUUUCGCAGACAGGCCAAUGCCGCCGACAACCGAGCUUCGACCGUGGCAGUGGACUCGCUGAUCAACUACGAGGCUGUCAAGUACUUCAACAAUGAGAAGUUUGAGGUUUCGCGCUAUGACAAGGCAUUGAGAGAAUACGAAAAGAGCUCCAUCAAGGUAGCUACCUCUCUGGCCUUCCUCAACAGCGGUCAAAAUGUCAUCUUUUCUACGGCCUUGACUGCCAUGAUGUACUUUGCCGCUGAGGGAGUCGCUGCGGGAACUUUGACUGUCGGAGACCUUGUCAUGGUGAACCAGCUUGUCUUCCAGCUCUCCGUCCCGCUAAACUUCCUUGGCUCAGUGUACCGAGAACUACGACAGUCUCUCUUGGAUAUGGAGACGCUGUUCAAUUUGCAGAAAGUUAACGUCAACAUUGUGGAAAAGCCAACUGCGAAGCCUCUGGCUCUGGUCAAGGGUGGAGAAAUCAAAUUCGAAAAUGUCAGCUUUGGAUAUCACCCCGAAAGACCCAUCCUGAACAAUUUGACCGUCACUAUUCCUGCUGGAAAGAAGGUUGCCGUCGUUGGUCCCAGUGGCUGUGGUAAAUCCACCCUCCUAAGACUCUUGUUCAGAUACUACGAUGUUCAGGGCGGUCGUAUUCUUAUUGACGACCAGGAUGUUCGCGACGUCACUGUUGAUUCCCUGCGCCGGGCCAUCGGUGUGGUGCCUCAGGAUACUCCCCUCUUCAAUGAUACCGUCGAACACAACAUCCGCUAUGGCCAAAUCGAUGCUUCUCACGACCAAGUUGUGGCAGCCGCAAAGCGAGCCCGCAUUCACGACAUUAUCGAGAAGUUCCCCGAAGGCUACCAGACCAAGGUUGGCGAGCGAGGCAUGAUGAUUUCUGGUGGCGAGAAGCAGAGGUUGGCCAUGAGCAGACUGCUCCUCAAAGACCCUCCCUUGUUGUUCUUUGACGAGGCAACAAGCGCGCUGGAUACACAUACUGAACAGGCCUUGAUGAUGAACAUCAACGGCAUUCUUCGCGAGAAGGGGCGCACAAGUGUGUUUGUGGCCCAUAGGCUGCGAACCAUCUUUGACUCGGAUUUGAUUAUUGUGCUGAAGGAGGGCCACGUUGCCGAGAUGGGCACGCAUAGAGAAUUGAUUGACCGUGCUGGCGUUUACGCUGAGCUCUGGAGUGCCCAAGAGACUAUGUUUAGCGAAGAUGGUACGGAGACGAGGGAGGCGAAGGAUGAGGAGGCGGACGAAGAGCUUACUGAGAAGAAGAAGAAUUAG